AUGGAACCACCAAUUGCUCUUAAUCCAUUUCCAAAUGAUGUUUGCAGCGCAUUUAAAGCUUACAUUGAGAGCCCGACUUACACUAAUAGAGAGCGCAUUGAAUACACCAAAUGGCACAUCUUACUUGAUAAUCCCGACCGAAAACCGCGGAACCCAGCUGAGUCUCGACUUAAGCACAGGGCUUUCUCUGAAUUUGAACUCAUCAACAAUCGGCUACAGCGCAAGCCAGAUUCCAAGCACCUAGAACCACGAUAUGUGGUACCUGAGAAUGAAGCUUUUGAUACAAUUGCCAACCAACAUUUACAACUACUUCAUGCUGGGAAGAACAAGACUUGCGAAGCAGUGCAGCAAAAGUUUUAUGGCAUAACGCUUGCAGAUGUUGAAUUUAUUAUCAAACAUUGCAAGAACUGUGCACUUAAUCGACCAGCUGCGACGAAGGCUCCGCUGGUUCCCAUUGUUACGACUCGGGCUUGGGAAUGUGUUCAAGCUGAUCUAAUUGAUAUGCGCCAUGAACCAUCAUGUCAAUGCAAGUGGAUACUACACAUCAAGGAUCAAUUUUCCAAAUAUACCCAGCUGUAUCCAUUGAAAACCAAGCACGCAGAGCCUAUUGCAGAAGCCUUUACUCGAUUUAUCGCCGCCUUCUUACCUCCUAAGAUUGUUCAAACCGACAAUGGCAAAGAAUUCAAAGGAGCAUUAUUGAUCUUGCUGCGCAAGUAUGGGAUUCAGAUUAUUAACGGAGCACCAAGAUCAUCUCAAACCCAAGGUUUGGUUGAACAAGCCAAUGGAGUGGUAGAAGCGAAGCUCAGACCUUGGAAAAUGGAUAACGGGUCUCCUGAAUGGGCCAAUGGAAUUAUGGAAGUUACGCUGGCAAUGAACACCCAGAAGCACUCAACUAUUGGUUGUGCUCCUGUAAAGCUGCUCUUUAGGGAGCGUACUCCCUAUACUGACUGGUUAAAUCAGCAAAAGCGAUUAGACCCUGCUGUCGGCGUCCCAGACUACGAGAGAUGGUUUACAGAAAUUAUUGGCGGAAAACUAAGAAUGUAA